AUGAGUGAUCCAGUUUCGGUUGGGGGGAUAAUCUUGAUGGGAAUCAAGUCAGCUAGCCUCACAUCGCUUGUCAGCAUUGGCGUAUUGUUUAUGGUUCUAUGUUGUUUAAUAGAACUAUACGACGACUUCUAUUCGUCUGUAGUUCAGCCCUCACUAGACUUCCUCUCUGUCAGGUGGAAAUGUUAUUCCGCCAAGGGGACUAAUUCCCAGGUCCGAAAAAUGAUCUUGAAUCCUCGCUCUAAAGACGAGGAUCAUGAUCAUCAAGACACCAAGUGGAUAUUACGUGAAGAAGUUGAGAUGGUAAUUAAAAGAUUAGGACUUUCCUGGGAGCCAAAUUGUGACAUGAAGUUACCAGAAAUAUUUACUUCACAUGAUAUCGCAAAUAUGUUCAAUGCGAAUGAGCCAAGCCUAGGGGAAGUCAAGCAAGCUUUUGAUUUGUUUGAUGAGAAUAGUGAUGGCUAUAUAGACCAAAAUGAGUUAGCCAGAGUCCUCAAGAGGCUGGGCUUAAAAGAAUUCUCGGAAACUGAAUGUCGGAAGAUGAUUAAAAUUUAUGAUCGAAACAGGGACGGGCUUAUUGAUUUCUCCGAGUUCUGUGAGCUUGUCGACGACAGCUUCUGUUAA